AGGACCAGGCGAGGGUCUUCUUGUUGAAGGUGUUUGAUACAACUUCAACUUCUAUUUUCAGAGCUACUUGUAGCCUGAUACCUGCAUGGAUUAUCUAUCCUUUCUUUGAGUUCAUAUCCACUGUGUGUGACUGAUUCAAGAACAUAAUUCUAUUUAUUUCGUUUACAGAGAAGGUUUAAAAAAUAAGCUCGUACAGGUUGCUCGAUUUUUAAAAUAAAAGACUAGACAAGAUGUAUAAGUUCAAGGAGAUCCAGACCGUCCCACCAGCGGACGCGAUGAUCGACAUCAUCCUGUCCAAGACGAACCGCAAGACCCCGACCGUCGUGCAUCCGGGUUACAAGAUCUCUCGUAUCCGUAACUUCUACCUCCGCAAGAUCAAGUUCUGUCAGACCGCUUACGGCGAAAAGUUCCAAUCUAUGCUGGCGGAAUUCCCGCGAUUGGACGACAUUCAUCCCUUCUACGCAGAUUUGUGCAACGUCUUGUACGAUCGGGAUCACUACAAGUUGGCCUUGGGUCAAAUCUCCACCUGCAAGAACGUGAUCGACAACUGCGCGAAGGACUACGUGCGAAUGAUGAAGUAUGCAGACUCGUUGUACCGCUGUAAGAUGCUCAAAAGAGCGUGUUUGGGUCGCAUGUGCACCGCGGUGAAGAAGUUGGGACCGAGUCUGAAAUACCUGGAGGAAAUUCGGCAGCACUUGAGCCGCUUGCCGAGUACUUAGGACUAGAUUUCUAUAGUUUAGUACAAACCGCAAGAUGACCCGUGAAACUUCGAUGAUUGAAAAAAAUUUCUUUUUCGUUGUUUUUUUCUUAUACAACGACGGACCUCUGAUGACUUUGUUCUCUCAGAAGUGCGAACUGAACUCAAUGCGAAAACGGAAACAUAUUUUUUAUCCUCUCCUCAAAUACCCACUCACUCCGUCAGGCAUCAACCCCACCACUCGUACGCUCAUCCUAACUGGUUUCCCAAACGUGGGUAAGUCCAGUUUUAUGAACACGGUUACGAACGCCAAUGUUGAUGUGCAGCCGUAUGCGUUUACCACCAAGUCUCUCUUCUUGGGUCAUAUGGACUACAAGUAUUCACGCUGGCAAGUGAUUGAUACACCGGGUAUCUUGGAUCACGCUCUGGAAGAACGAAACACCAUCGAAAUGCAAGCAAUCACAGCAUUGGCGCACAUUCCGGCAACCAUUCUUUACUUCAUGGACAUCUCGGAAACGUACUUGCUUCUAUUUUUAGACUCGUUGCUCUUCUAUGUUCGGUCCGUUGAUGGAACUGUUUCCCCACUUGAUACUAGGACUUAGACCCAAAUUAUACUUUCUUCAAUAGAAAAAUGAGAAAAUACAAACCACUUGUUAGCUCAAAUUACAUCUUCUCUCAAUUCAAUCCAACAUCUCUUCGGAACUCAAAAACAGCUGUGGCCGCAAUCUCCGUGAACAAGUGAACUUGUUCAACAGCUUGAAGCCUUUGUUCCGUUCCAAGCCCCUCCUGAUCGUGGUGAACAAGAUCGACUUGCGCACUAUGGCUGACCUCACUGAGGCCGAACAGGAACUACUGAACUCCAUGGCCAAGGAUAUGGAGAACGAGGUGACCAUUUUCCCGGUCUCUGUCCAGGAGAAGGCUGGCGUCGACUCUGUCCGCACUAAAGCUUGCGACUUGCUCUUGGCUCGUCGUAUCGAUACCAAGAUCAACAGCUCGAAGGUGGACGCCAUCAAAAACCGCAUCUUCAUUGCCCAGCCGACCCAACCGGAGGUUGCGAACUCGCGACCGGCGUUCAUUCCGGAGAGUGUGAAGAAAGCUCAUCAAGUUGGAGUACAACAACAAGUAUCUGGAGAUGUCAACAUGGAGAUGGGGGACAACUCUUCAGAUGCCAAGAACAACAUCAAUCUGUUUUCCAAGGGCGAAGGCGACCGCUCUUCGGUUAUGCCGAAGAUGCGCACUCAAACGGAGCGCGAUCUGCAAGAAGAACAUGGUGGAGCUGGGGUGUACGUCGCAGACUGGAACAAGGAAUGGCUGUUGGCGCGUGAGGACUGGAAGUACGAUGAGGCACCAGAGGUCUAUGAUGGCAUGAACGUCGCAGAUUUCAUCGACACCAACAUCUUGGAGAAGCUGGCGAAACUAGAGGAAGAAGAACGACAGGAGUUACUAGCAGAAGGCGUUGAGGACACGGAAGAAGUGUUGCAGAGUUGGCAAGAAACCGAGAAGGAAAUCGCGGUUAUGCAUCGCGCUAUUCGAGAAAAACAGGUUGUGAACCGCGACAGAAAGGCUAGAACGCGAAUGGGUCAAGGAGGAAUCGAGAGGAAGCGGAAUAAGAGCUUAGCAGACGUGGUGGCAAAACUGGAGGAAACGGCUGCAACGCUAGGAAAGGGAAAGAACGAAAUCCCAGACGUCGAAAAGCUACGAGGACGGUCUAAGGCACGAAAGCGCCUUACCAGCGUUGACGACGAAGACCGAAGCGCGAUGAAGAAGAGGAAAGCGGUACGUGUCUUAUACGAUUUUUUGCGCUCGUAGUGCCACUUUGAUCUUUUUGCAUACACCUUUCAACUUUAAUAACACAGCUAUUUCAUGGAGAUGAUCUUACAAUAGACACUUUCCCUGUUUCGAGAAUCCUUUCAUCUACUCGACAACGACCACAGGGUGACGGCACCGCAAUGGAUGUUGAUGACGACAGUGCGAAGCGCAGCGCCAAGUCGGUUGCAAGAUCUCUUCAGCGUUCCCGCACAGCAGCACGAUCGCAGUCAGUCAAUGUUCGCGGUCUCUCCAUCCAUACCGAAAGGAGUACGAGUCGUGUCGCUAGUGCUAUGCGACCAGAGUUGCAGGAGAAGGCAGAGAUCAAGAAGCGAAAGACGACGAAGCAGAGAAACAAGGAAGCACGCAAGGGAGAGGGCGACAGACACAUUCCGGACUUCAAGCCAAAACAUUUGUUCUCUGGAAAGAGAAAGGCAGGAAAAACGGAUCGACGAUAAGAACUGGAGAUGAACAACAAGAACCUACUACUUCUGGAAGGUGUUGUGGAAGAGGAAAUGGAAGUAGAAGAGGAACUUGUUCAACAUCUUCAUUUUCUUGUCGACGUUGUGAUAGUAGAAGAACGGGCGGAAGGUUCUUGCGAGAUCUUCCACAACACCUCGUAUCUUGUUCGUCGCUACUAUGUUAUGUAACAAACUUGUGCUAUUUUCCUCACCUUUAUUUUGGUCUGACCUGAUUCGUGUUACUGAACGUUGCAUUCAUAUUUUUAAGCAUAUUGAAUGACAGAAAUAGAAUUUUUAUAGAUCCCAAAUGAUGUUUCAGUUGUCACAGCAGAACUCAACAUGUAAGAAUAGGUACUUGUGAAGAUGUCGUCCAAAUAUGUACACUUGUUGUUACAGUUGUUACCUAGUAUUUGUACUAAACUAGAAGAGGAGACAAUUAGACAAGGGUACUAAGAGGACCACACAUUCGCCCAUGCAACUCGAUGAACAGUGAGCUAUCCUGUCUGAUCCAUGCGGAAGAGCGAUCGCCAGAGGUGCUCAUAGAAGAAAUAAGUAUCGACUUGCAUAUGAUGAUAAAUCUUUCCUGAUGAAGAUGGUACUUACAAAGAACCAAG